AAUGCCCAAGGGAGUGGUGAAGCACAUCUUGCUAGACAAGUUCAAAGAUGACAUCCCACCUGACCAGAUUGAUCAACUCAUCAAGGGCUACGCCAACCUUGUCCAUCACAUCGAGCCCAUGAAGUCUUUCCACUGGGGAAAGGACGUCAGCAUUGAGAACCUGCAUCAAGGUUUCACUCAUGUUUUCGAGUCAACUUUUGAGAGCGUGGAAGGCAUUGCGGAGUACCUUGCUCAUCCAGCCCAUGUUGAAUUUGCAAAUAUAUUCCUCCCCGUUUUGGAGAAAUUCCUUGUUGUUGACUACAAACCCGAACCAAUCCUGGACUCGCACUAUGCCCAGCCACCAAGAACUGCAUAUCAACCUCUGCAAAAUUCAUUUCCUUUUAAUCAAGUCUAGCCGCGACAGGAUCAUCCCAGAGUUCCAAACCAGCUUCACAAUUUUCAAACACCCAUUCUCUUACAACAUUCAUCAGCUGCCGUUGUAAUGGUGGAUCUACUUUCUCUUCAUCCAACUAUCCACCAACUUUUGUCCCUCUCUUUUCCUUUCUUUUAUUUUAUUAUUGUCCACCCACUCUUCUUUUAUUUAAACACAAUGCCUCUCACAUGUUUUCAUCCACCGCCCACUCUCUCUUUCUGGUCCCUUUUUUUAAUCAAAAUCCGGGGGCUGGUUUUCCUUUUUGCUCAAAUGGCGUGCUGCAGUGUUAUAGCCAGCUGUAGGCUUAUAUAACUUAGCUAAUGUAUGGCUGCUUUUUGAGGUAACUUCAUGUUGGCUCAUCCACGUGCUUGCUCUAUUUAUUGGUUUUAUAAUAUAUAUAUUUUAUAAA